AUGGAGAGCCCAAAUUCGAAAGCUAACACUAAUAAUACUUGCGAACAAGAAGAUCUUACACUUAACCCCAGGACGGGGAUUAAUGAUAAUAUCGGUAAUACUUCUACAAACGACGUUGUAAUCAAUAGUAAUGACGUUGCUGAGAACAAUCGGCGUCAGAGAACUUCAUUUACGGACCUCAGUCAGGUCGAUGCCGAUCAUGCCCUUGCCCGCACCCUCCAAGAACAGGAAAGGGCAUACGUGAUGCUGAGAAUGCAUGGUGGCAGUGAUUACGGAAGUUGGGAAGCUGGGAGUCAUGUUCACGAUGAAGACGACGACGACGACGCCGACAAUUUUGAUGAUGCCAGUGAAGAGGAUUACGAUGACACCGAUCUUGAGGUAGAUGAUGAUGCAGAAGAUGCAUUUGAUGUGCAUGCUCACUCUGAAGGAGGUGAGGAUGAGAAUCAAGCUGUUGAACUUGACCCUUCAGCUUUUUCAAGCGACGAGGCCUACGCCAGGGCCUUACAAGAUGCUGAAGAACGGGAAUUGGCAGCUAGAUUGUUAGCUAUAGCUGGAAUUAGUGAAAUGAUUGUUGGGGAAGGCGAGGAUGAAGAGGAGGAUCAUGGUGAUAAUUCUCAGGACGCAUGGGAGGACGUUGAUCCAGAUGAACUAUCAUAUGAGGAAUUGCUUGCGCUGGGUGAAGUUGUUGGAACAGAGAGCAGGGGUCUUCCUGCUGAUACAAUUGCCUCUCUGCCUUCAGUUAAUUAUAAAUCACAAAACAUUCAGGACGGAAGCAGUGAUACCUGUGUUGUAUGUAGGUUGGAUUACGAGGAUGGUGACACCUUGACUCUGCUUUCCUGCAAACAUUCUUACCAUCCUGAAUGCAUAAAUAAUUGGUUAAGAAUAAACAAGGUUUGUCCGGUAUGCGGUGCUGAAGUUGUCUCUCCUUCGGGAAACAGCUAG